CCCUUUGGGGUUCAGGUGACUGAGUGUGGGAAGCCUUUGUCAGAGGGUAAAAGUUGCAUACCCCUGGGCUGUAGGCUGCACACCUUGGGUCAAAUAUUAGGUUCUGUAGCUGUGCAUUUUAUCGAAACAAUUCUGUUCUACAAUGGUUCUUUUCCUUAGCUCAGGGUUGUUUUGCCUAUUGAUGGCAGCUGUGGGCAUACAAGCACAACAGACACCUUCUAUAAAUGACCUCCAUGCUGAAUGCCUUGGUAACGUUAUUCGUUUGAGUGUCGCUCCUCUUUUUGAAGAGGUUGCUACUGUCUUCAAUGACACACACAUCAUAAACCUGACGCCUGGCCUUGCUACUCAGUGUGGAUUCAGCUUUAAAUUUGACCCCAUGGGGAAUGCCAUGUUUUUUGCUUCUCUUCAAAACUGCUUUUCCCAAAACAUGGCUGCUUCAGGAUACAAAAUGACAGCAGUCGUCUUUAGUCCUAGCAAGAAGGUCAUGAAUGUGGAUGAGGUCCAAAGAAAGGGCUAUGCGAUAGCCAACACUCCCACACGGCUGGUGUUAAGAAGCCCCCAUAAUGCAGAGGAAACAUACCUCCAGAAUGUAGCUGGGGUUCCGAUGCGGGUGCUCUCAACCUCAACCUUCUUUGAGCAGAAGUGGCUGGUUACUCGAGUAGAUGCCACGGCUGUUUGUCCAACACCAGAGGCAGUGGUCUUUACUCCAGAAGUGAUCACCUGGUACAUGCCCAAGCACAUAGACCCACUUUUCUCCUCUGAUGCCUUCACUAUGUUGGAGGUGUACAUGGGAAUUGACGCUAAGAGGCUGGACACUGAGGAAAUGGCUGCCAGAAACUACUCGGUUUUAGUCACGGAGGCUCAUAUUAUUGUUGAAAUUCCGGUGGGGGCUGUUGGCGGCUAUUUCAAGAGCCAUAUUCAGGAUGACCAGUACUUUGUCACUUACACCAUUGAGCCCAUGCUUGAGUUGCUGUGGAUCGAGGAGGUCGCACACGAGGACACCAGCUACAAAGUCCUCUUCCCUAUCACAACACCUCCGAUGGCCAGGCCUCCACAAGUUCGCAACUACACGCCCUUAGACACAGUUCCUGAGCAGGCAGUGUUUGUGCUUGAGUUGGGGACCUUCAACCUUGAUGUGGAGCUGCUGAACAUCACCUUUCCCACCAUGGUGCUAACUGUUGCAGAGUGCAACGCCAGAGGCUUCAAUGUUCAGGAGCAGAGAUCCCCGGACAACACCUUGAAGACCUUCAGGAUGGAGGUGCCCUUCUCAGACCCGGUGGUCGUCAAGGAGAGAAGGGCGGAACAAGGUGUCACAACCUUCACUCUUCAGCUGAUCUACGGCCUGGUCGUCUUUCCAGAGUACGCUCCUUUCUCUCACUCUGCCGUUGUGGACGCUGUACUGCUGGACAUUGUGCCACCCUCAGUCACUGGCAACUGUGAUCAGGAGAACUUCCACAUCACUGUGGACUACAGGAACCAAGAUCCCUUUUUCGUGGUCUUGGUUGGCAAGCGGCUGCUUAACCAUGAGCUUGCUCAACAGUAUUUAACAGAGGGCGACGCAGACUUCACCAUCACGUUGCCCUUCUCUUCGCCGGACGCAGUGUUUGAGUCGGUUCACUCGUCCUCUGUCAGGAGCAGACUGGAUGUGGCUCUGUUGAAUCCUUACAACAACAUGACCAUCAAAUACUUUUCCCUGGCUUGCAGCUUCCUCAAAACGCUGACUGAGUGUUUCUCUAACGGAACGAUGACUGCGCUGGCGGUGAAGGUGGAGUCUGCUCCCGGUCUGAACCCCGGUCAGCUGACCCUGAGCGACCCCGCCUGUGGUCCCACCUACAGCGACGAUCGCUUCGCCUACUUCCACUUCACUGUGAACUCCUGUGGCACCACCAGGAAGUUUAUCAACAAUGUCAUGCUGUAUGAGAACGAAAUCUCCUUGCCAGAUGAACUUGAGGUGAAGUUGAAUGCCACGGUGUCUUCAGAGGAGGAAUAUCAGUUAAAGGUUUCCUGCUACUACGUGGCCAACACCACUCGCACAUUGGCCUUCCUGACCAGGCCGCGUGACCACGAGCCUUUUGUCGAGACUGGGACGGGUCGACUAAUGGUCAGAAUGAGACUCGCUCAGGACGCCUCGUAUAACACGUUCCACCAGGAGGAGGACUAUCCAGUGGUGAGGUACCUGAGACAGCCUCUGCACUUUGAGGUGGAGCUGACCACGUCCUCUGACCCCAAGGUAGCGCUGGUGCUUGACCACUGCUGGGCCACCCUCAACGAGGACCGCGACUCCCGACCCCGGUGGAAUCUCAUCAUUAAUGGCUGUGAGAACCCCGGUGAUCCAUACCGUGUGGUCUUCCAUCCGGUGGUAGCUGACGCCAGGGUCCACUUCCCCCCUCACGUCAAACGCUUUGAGGUCUAUAUGUUUUCCUUCGCCGAGGAUGCGGGUGAGCCGAGUGGCCAGGUCUUUGUCCAUUGUGAUGUGGUCAUCUGUGAUGCCAGUAGUCCCUCUGGCGGCCCCUGUAGUGGACAAUGUGUGAAUCAGGACAACCCGAAAAGAGGACAACGACAUGUCAAAGACCUCUUUGAGGAGCGUCAUUUAUAUGUUUCUUCUGGAUACAUUCUUUGGGUGUAAUGUCUCUAACAUGUCAAAUAAAGUGUUCUAUAUAAAACAAUCCUAA